AUGAGCCUCGAAAACAUGUCGCCGGGCCCGAACGGGCCCCAUCCCGAGAAGCAUGCGGACACUGCGAGUUCCGACUCCCAGAGUCCCCCCGGGGAGCGCAACGGCAGCAGCUACGACCCUCCCUCGGUUGACAAGACUAGUCCUCGCAGCAUUCAUGGCUGGAAGUGGGCAGUCGCCUACUCCGCGAUGCUAUCCACCACCUUCCUCUUCUCGCUCGAUAACACCAUCGUCGCCAACAUCCAGCCGGCCAUCAUCAACGACUUUGGCCGUCUCGAGCUACUGUCGUGGAUCGGCACCGGCUUCGCCCUCGGCACCAUGUUCAUCCUGCUUUGGGGCAAAGUAUACGGCGUCUUCAACAUCAAGUGGGUCUACAUCUUCAACAUCUUUCUGUUCGAGGUCGGCAGCGCCUUGUGUGGCGCUGCUCCCAACAUCGAGGCCCUUAUUAUUGGCCGUGUCAUCGCCGGUGUCGGCGGCUCCGGCAUGUACUCGGGCACCCUGACCUAUGUGUCCGUCUUGUCGAACGACCAAGAGAAACCUGCCUAUCUUGCUGGAAGCACCGUUAUCUGGGGAGUCGGUAGCGUUCUCGGGCCUGUGAUCGGCGGCGCCUUUGCCGCAAGCAGUGCCACCUGGAGAUGGGGAUUCUACGUCAACCUCCCGGUGGGCGCUGCCUUUGCCCCGGCCUACUUCCUGUUAUUUCCAAGCGUCGACCCCCAUCCCACCAAGACCCUGGCCGAGAAGUUGCGCCUCAUUGACUGGGUCAACUCAGUCAUAUUCCUCGCUGGAUCAGCCUGCCUGACCGUUGUUCUCACAUUUGGCGGAGUCGUAUACCCCUUCCGGUCCGCCACCGUCAUCGCCUUGUGGACAGUCACGGGCGUCCUCUUGAUCGCCUUCGUCGUCCUGCUCAAGCUGCAUCCGUUGGUCUCCAAGGAGAACCGCCUGUACCCCCUGCACUUCUUCAAGCAGCCAAUCCUGAUCAACAUGCAGCUUCAGGUAUUCCUGUCGUCGGGAAUCGUCCUCGCCAUGACAUACUACGUUCCUCUCUACUUUCAAUUCAUCAAGGGCGACGGGGCGCUCGACGCUGGGGUCCGUUUGCUUCCCCUGAUCAUGUUCAUGGUCGUCGCCUCCAUGGUCAACGGCUUCUUGAUGCCGCGAUACGGAAUGAUCCCCGUGUGGUACAUCGGAGGCAGUUCGCUUGCGCUCAUUGGCACUGCUCUCAUGUACACCGUAAAUGACACUACGCCCAACGCCAACAUCUACGGCUACAACAUUCUCGUAGGAGCCGGCACCGGAUGUUACAUCGUAGCCGGGUUCGCCAUCGUGCAAUCUCUAGUCCCUGUUCACGACAUUGCAAAUGCCGUCGGCGCCAUGACCAUCUCCCAGGACCUCGGCAUGGUUCUCUUCCUGGCCAUCAGCGGAAGCCUCUUCCACAACAUAGCCGUCCACAAGGUCGGCGAUGCCCUCCCGGCCUUCCCUCACAGCGAGAUCGGCAACCUGAUCGCAGGAACCAGCAGCAGCGCAUUCCAGGCGUUGACAGACGCCGAGAAGGCCCUGGUGAUCCCCGAGAUUGCGAGCGCCAUGACCAGUAUCUGGGCGUUUUUCCUUGCGGCAGCCGCGCUGAGCGUGGUGUGCUCUGUGCCACUCCUGAGAGCCAAGUUGGGCGGUGGCAAGAUUGCGCCAGUCGCAGCGGCGUAA